AGCACAUCCAGGUACUGACAGGGGAUUUAUUUGUGCUGGCGUAUAAUACCUAUACAUGUAUGUCAGGACGCCAGACAGGUGUACAUAAGUUGCCCUGGGACUCCCUCAGCAUUUGGCCAUGAGUGUGCAGGCGUUUCGGCUGGUGUGUGCAUCAGAAAGGGAGCAGUUUCCCCAAGGAAUUCACAUUGAAUGCUUGGAAUGCUCUGGCCAUGAUCUGUACCUUGGCACCAGUGACUGUGUUAUUUACCAUCUUCUGCUAGUGGAACAGCAGCUCUCUGAGCCCACAUCUUUAGUUCAGCAAACAGACCAGCCCUGUACCAGCUUUACUACUACUCAGCAAAGGCAGAGACAGCUUGGACUAAAGAAGCCUAUUUGUGAACUAAGAGCUGCCUCAGCUUUGAGCAGGCUGCUGGUGCUCUGUGAUAAUACUAUCAGUAUACUGUGCAGUGAGUCACUUGAACCCCUUCCAGCACCCAAGAUUCGGGGGGUCCUCACUUUUACCCUCAAUGAGAACCCUGUUAGUGGUGAUCCUUUUUCUGUGGAGCUCUGUCUAAUCUCCUCCAAGAAACGCACAGUUCAGAUCUUCAGUGUGGGACAGGAACGGGUACAAUUGAUUCGGGAGGUUGCCACUCCAGAACAGGCCUGUGUUAUAGCAGCUGAUGGGCUCUAUCUAUGCUUGGCACUUAGCAGCCGUUACAUAACUCUUAAUUAUAACACAGGACAUUGCCAGGACCUUUUCCCUUAUCCAAGUGAUCAAAAAAAACCAAUUGUAAAGUGGAUCAGUAGACAAGAGUUUCUUCUAGCUGGACCUAGUGGAUUAGGCAUGUUUGCAACAGUAGCUGGAAUCACACAGCGUGCCCCUGUCCGCUGGUCGGAUAAUGUGAUUGGCGCUGCUAUUUCUUUUCCAUACGUCCUGGCUUUGGAUGAAGAGUUUAUUACUGUGCACAGUAUGCUGGACCAGCAGAAAAAGCAAACCCUGCCAUUUAAAGAAGGCAUUAUCUUGCAGGACUUUGAAGGAAGGGUCAUUGUGGCAUCUUGUAAUGGGGUAUAUGUUUUAAUUCCCCUGCCUCUGGAAAAACAAAUCCAGGACCUGCUUUCAAGCCAGAGAGUAGAGGAAGCUUUAGCCUUGGCCAAGGGUGCGCGGAGAAACAUUCCAAAAGAGAAAUUUCAGGUUAUGUACAGAAGAAUCCUGCAGCAGGCUGGCUUUAUACAGUUUGCUAAGCUUCAGUUUCUGGAAGCAAAAGAGUUAUUUCGAAGCAGCCAGCUUGACAUACGGGAACUGAUCUCUCUUUACCCUCUCAUGCUGCCAUCGUCCUCUUCAUUUAUCCGCACACAUCCCCCUUUGCAUGAGUAUGCUGAUCUCAACCAGCUAACUCGAGGAGAUCAGGAAAAAGUGAACAAGUGCAAGCGCUUUUUAAUGACUUACCUGAGUGAAAUUCGCAGCACUGAAGUUGCUAAUGGUUACCAGGAAGAUGUGGACACAGCUUUGCUAAAGCUUUAUGCAGAGGCAAAUCAUGAAAGCUUGUUGGAUUUAUUAGUCUCAGAAAAUUCAUGUGAAGUGUCUGAUAGUGCCUCCUGGCUGGAGAAGCACAAAAAAUAUUUUGCACUUGGUCUUUUAUAUCACUACAACAAGCAGGAUGCAGCUGCACUACAGAUAUGGGUAAAAAUUAUUAAUGGGGAACUGGAAGACAGCACACGACCAGACCUAUUUGAGUACGUAGUAGACUUCCUAACCUUCUCCAGAGACCAGCAUCUUGUUUGGCAGUAUGCAGACUGGGUUUUGCAGAAAAGUGAGCAGGUUGGUGUCCGGAUUUUUACAAAAAGGUCUCCUGAAGAAUACACACAGAAUGGCUUCUGUCCAGAUAAAAUUGUGAGCUAUUUGUGCAAGUACCAUAAGGCUUUGCUCUUGUUCCUAGAACAUUUAGUCCUGGAGAAAAUGUUACAGAAGGAGAAGUACCACACGCAUCUUGCUGUGCUCUAUGUAGAAGAGGUCCAGCGCCUUAAUGCAAUGGACUCCCCAGAUAUAGAACAAGUUGAAAUGCAACGAGGAAGACUUCAGAACCUUCUGCGGCAGUCAGACCUCUAUAGAGUCCAUCUUCUUAUAGAUAAGAUCAAAGGGACAGAUCUACACAUGGAGCGGGCUAUAUUGCAUGGAAAGCUGGAGGAACACGGUCAGGCAUUGGAUAUUCUAGUUCAUCAUCUAAAAAACUUUGCUGCUGCUGAAAACUACUGUGUAUGGAACUCUGAAGGGAGGGAUACCCCGUACCGUCAACACCUUUUCCAGCUCCUCCUCUCCUCCUACCUCACUUUUGCCUCUCAUGACAAUUCUUUUCUUGUGGCUGCCGUGGAUUUAUUAAAUAACCACCCUGCAGAAUUUGACGCGGCUAGUGUUUUGCGCCUGUUGCCAGAAAAUUGGUCAGUGCAGCUUCUCUCUCCUUUCUUAGCCGGAGCCAUGAGGGAGCAUGUCCAUGCACUCAGAAUGUCACAGAUAACAAUAGGCUUGGCAAAAGCAGAAAAUGUGGUUUACAAGCAAGAGAAGUUGAACCUAAGGGAAAAACCUAUUGUUCUCUCGGAUAAGAAAUACUGCAGUGUGUGCCGGAAUCCUUUCCAGGAGCCAGUUUUUGUCAGAUACCCCAGUGGCCAAAUCGUCCAUACACACUGUGCAACAAAAUCCCACGUGAACAGUAGUAUUGGCGUCCAUCUGCCAAAACCUAACAAGCAAACUUGAAAUCGAUUGGUGGUCUCAGAGGUGCCUGUACUAUCAAUCUUUAUUUGCUGGACAUACUCAAGAAUCAGAAGUUUUGCCUGAAGGUGAUAAUGGUGGCUUUAGUACUAUGUAAUACAGGAUGAGUAAAUGAUUCUGCAUAGGAUGUAAGGGAUCAUAGAUGCCUUCAUGCAUUUAUAAGUCAGCACAAAGCCCUUUAGCAAUGAUAAGCAACUUCUUUAAAAGUUGGGAACUUGCAAGCAUCCAAAAAUAACUUUUUUUUGCAUUUUUUAAAGAUAUUUGCACUGAAGAAAUUUUGCAUAUGAUGUGAUAAGCAUUGUGGAUUAAGAUGAAGAACAGGCCAACUGUCUUGCACAGGAGAUUUUGCUGCAAUCUUAAAUUUGGCUGUGGGAUUUAAAUCAUGUCUAGGUUGGAUCAUGAGUGGUUUAUAGCUGUUUCCAAAAUGCACUUGUCUUCUGCUCUCACAGGUUAUUAACACUUGAUCAUCAAUACAAUUACACAUCGGUGAAUUUUGAUGAAUGUGACUAUUGCAUUAAUGAAUUGGCUUUUGAACUGAAAUAAUUGCUGUUUUUGUAAGUUGGAUAAAGCAGAUAUAGUAACAUUUUAAAGCUUUCAGAAAAUAUCUUUCUCUUUUCCCUCAUGUUAUUGUGGAAAAUGGAGGGGUGUUUCCCUCCAUCUCUUUACUGGGAACUUCAGUUCAGGCUACUGUUAGUCACCCAUGAAGGAUGUCUGUGACUCCAUAUUUAAAUUAUAUACUCUGUGCAUCCUCUUCCCAAUCACUCAUUUUAGUACUGGUGCAGUUACUCAAUGAGUUACUAAUCUGUACUUAGCACUACAGGAGCACACAGUUGUGUAACUGGCGCUUCACCAUUAUUACUAUCACUUGGAAACUUUCAGGGUGCAUAGCCCUGAUCCAUUAUAUACCUUUUUCGGAUAGAGGAACAUAAAAUAGUAGGCCAAGUCUCAUUUACUGCAUUAGUACAGUGCAACAACACACUUUAUUUGAAUAGUUUAUUGUGUAUCAGAAGGGUUUAUAACAGAUUGUAUUCCUUUGUCAGUGUAACUGUUACUAACAAUGUAUCAUCUCUGGUCUUUAUUUUCAUUGAGACCUCUUUGCAAUAAUGGUGCUCCUGUCUCAGUAGUCCCACUUAAGGCUGAGAUGCACCUCUCAAUUGUUACACAGUGGUAGUUCUAUGGUUCAUGCUGCAUGUUUACAAAGUGUACAGAAUUGUAUGUACGUGAAGGGAAUACACAUUUUCCUUUCUUUGCAACAUUGUAUUAGUUACGACUACUGUGCCUCAGAAUAAAACGUUUACUCAGCAUUAGAUACUGCAUGCUGUGCCACAUGAUGAUACAGAGAAUUGCUCUGACUCUCUUGAGUGUUUCAGGGAGUUUAAAAAAAAAAAUAGUUUAAAAAAAAAAGAUGCAAUAUCUUUUAAUUUUUAAUUAUAUAGACAUAUUCACCAAGCAAGCUUUCAAGGGAGUCAGACCAAGCACAGUUCAACAUGGCCUCACCCAUGUAAAAACAUGAUUUACUGAAAUCACAGAUGCCAUAAAACAUAACAAUUAAUUCACUUUUCUACACUGCCUUCAAAUAAACAAAAUUAUAACUAGAACAAAAUAAAUUAUAACUAGAACAAAAUACUGGAAUAUUAGUAUAGAUAUCAUGACUCGAGUCAUUUCAGUGCAAAGGAAGAGACUGACGGCUGUAAAGACAAAGUUGCAACUGUUGAUCGAAACGCUCCCAUAAUGUAGGCAUCUCCCACAUGGUCCUAAAAUUCUGCUCAACCUUCAUCUGUUUGUAACAAGUGCAGAAUUUAACUGAACAUUAGUAACUUAUUUAUGCAGAACCUAAAGGGAAAUUUAUAAGGACACAUCUGGCCCCUUUUCUUUUAUAUUAUUACACUGUGUUGAUUUGUUUUUCUAUGUAUGUAAAUGUUGAAGUUUGUUGUCACAGUUAGUAAAUAAGAUCUCUGGUAAGGUAAUUUAGAGAAUAGAUAUCCCGUCCAUAAUCUACUAAAAAUGAUAUUGGUUUUCUGAACUAGUCUCAGGAUUUUGUAUGUGUUUUCAGCUGAGUCACAUAAAACAAACCAAAAAAAAA